AAAGACAACAAGAAGCAAGGACAAGGAAAUCAAUCGGUUUAUAUGAGCUCAUCACAAGGAUAUUGAAUAUUGGAUAUGUAGGAGGCUGCUUUCCAGUCAAUACUUACUCGAUUUGUUAUGGUUUAUCAAUCCAUUGACCUAUAAGGUCGAUGUACAGUUUCAACUCUUUAAGAUGCCGAAGGCAAGAUUCUUCAAACCAAAACGUAGUGACAUCAUUAGUGAGAUUUCAAGUCCCACUAACGUUGUUAAACAUGUACAUGUUACUUACGACCAAGAGACAGGGCAGUUCCAUGGGAUACCUGAUUACUGGAAAGAAAUGAUAGACAAUUCGAAUUUCUCAGUCGAAGACCGAAAAAAUAAUGCGGACAAAAUUCUUAACGCUGUGACGGCUUUCAAAGAGUCUCAAAAAACUAAGUACUUGGGUUUUGAGGGCUUGGAAAGUGUUGAUGAGGAUGAUGAGUUGGAAAGGAAAAUGCGAUUGUUUAUUUUGAAUCCAAAAGAAGAAAAGAACAGUACGAGUGCCGCAUCAUCUCAUCCAAAAGUCAAGCCUGCCGUACAUGUAAAUGAAAGGAAAAAUGGUGCUCUCACUCCUCCUGUACCUCCACCAAAGCCAUCUGCCAGUGAUUCAAAUAAGCAAGCAGCCCCCUUGCUCCGCAAACGUGUUCGCAGGAAACUCACAGAUGAGGAGUUCUAUUCAGAAUUAGAUUCCGUAAUAACUCCCGGAAACCCUCGUGAUGUGUAUUCUAUCGAAAGCGAACUUGGUACAGGUGCCUCAGGUACCGUUCGACUUGGUCGAAAUAAAAGAACAGGACAAAUUGUAGCUGUCAAAGUGAUGAAACUAGAUAAGCAGCCCAAUCGCGAUUUAAUCGUUUCCGAAAUUGCUGUCAUGAAGCGCAUACAACAUGAAAAUAUCGUUAAUUACUUAGCAUCUUAUUUAUUAAGAAAUGAAAACCAGCUAUGGGUUGUGAUGGAAUACCUGGAUGGUGGUGCACUGACAGAUGUAGUCACUGAGACUGUCAUGGCCCCAGACGUAAUUGCCGCUGUUGUUCGGGAAUGUGUAAAAGCCUUGGUAUUUCUGCACGAUCAAAAUAUAAUACAUAGGGAUAUAAAAUCUGACAAUGUACUACUCGGAAAACAGGGUCAAGUCAAGGUCACCGAUUUUGGAUUUUGUGCUCAGCUUGGUAAUCGGCAAAGUAAACGCCAAACCAUGGUUGGAACUCCUUAUUGGAUGGCUCCUGAAGUUGUUUCGAAAACUGCAAAUUAUGGGCCGAAAAUUGACAUUUGGUCACUUGGCAUUAUGAUCAUUGAAAUGUUGGAUGGAGAACCACCUUAUAUGAAUGAACCUCCACUAAAAGUAUGUUAACUCAUGUAUUUAUCACAUUGUACAACUUAUGAAAGUUUUUAUCUUCUUGGAUUAUUUGGGUUAGUAUUGUUCGACCGUAGAGCCUAAGGAAACUUGCCAUUUGUUUAGAAAGACGUCGUCUGCUGAUGACUAAAAUGUUGUCCGUUCAUGAAGACUCUAUUUGAAAAAGAUAAAUUUAUAGAAGUUUCUUCCACCCAAGCAUUGUACCUCUCCAAAAUGUUAUAUAUUGACCUGUUUUUUCUAUCCUGGUUUAAGCUCAUUUCGUCUGAAGGCCAUUGUUAAUGAUCAGCUAGUCAAACCAAUGUAAGUAAAUUUUAGCUCAAGCGUAUCAACCUGUGCUUUGAUUUUCGAUCACUGAACCCAUGAUACGGAGUUCGCCAAAUUUCGAGUGUUACCAGCUCAUAAAAGUGACUAAACAAAACGUGUGCUUGACCAAAUGAUUUGCAACAACCAUAUCCGGUCAGCAAUAUAACUCUGGUGUCGGACUAUCGAAUGCAGGGUAUUAGUUAUCAGCAUGAUAGCAAUUGAUCCCACUUUCAUACAUCUUAAAACUUCAAGAAGAGAGUUUUCAAACAAGCAUUUCUCAACUAGAUUGUUGUAGUGGACGACUACUAUUCUAGUGUCAAGAAAUAAGUCUUAGCGACCACUCCAACAACUACUUGACAGACAAGACACACAUAUGGUCGAGUGUGUGCGCUGUCCAAUCACUUUUUAUAAGGUGUCAGGUGCAGUCUUUGUAUCGAGCAAGUCCUAAACACCGAAUGAUAUUCUGCGCCCAACCUUUGGAAAUCCAUUGAAAUUUUUACGAACGGGGCUAUUUCUCAAAUUCGCGGUCUGUUCUAAAUGGCCUUGGAAGCCUAAACCCGUGGUCCAAAUAAUAGUUACCUGACUGCUGAUGCACGAACACCAACAAUCACAUUCUCUUCAUUCUUCAAAACUCUGCCAAGACUACCUUAAUAUGCUUUUGCCCUACAAAUAAACGAUUACCGUAGGUCUCCUCGGAAAUUUUAGGGAACGGAAGCAGCUCUCUAUUACAGAGGCCUGUAUGCAGCUUCAAGGUAAUCCUGUUGGGCUCCUCCGUUGUUGAACACUGAUCCAUUUUAUGACCUUAAUUAGUCGCAUCAGCUCCUAGCUUCAAUUGGCCACGUACUCAACGACUCCUAUCCACUGAUAAACAUCUUCAUCUUCCUCCCUAUGUUAGUAGUACUGCUUAAAUUUGAGUAAAUAAGUAUUAUCACUAGCCUUUGCACCAAAUGUGUAACUUAAAACCAUAUACGCUAACUUUUAUUUAACAAAGGAGUUGUAUUGAUUCAUUUAACUAAGUAUCUGUUCCUGAAUUGUUUUACUCUACGAUCGCUACUAACUCGGCUCCAUUAAGUAUAAUGCCCAGUACACCGUCCACUGGUCUCCAAGAGAUCAAUACGCCGGAUAGGGGUGUAUUAGGUUGUCUUCAGAUUUCCGUGUAGACAAGCGGACAAUGUAAUGGCUUUCAACUACUUAUUUCUUAUCAACAGUUUCAAACUUACUGAGUGACCACCUAACCCUGUUAACGUUAACAUCAACAUAAAAAUAGACGCACAAAUCAUCACACUAAUUACUGUUAGGUGAGGUCUUUAGAGGUUCUCACUAAUCACAGAUUACCUGUUCAUAUUUUGAUAAUGAUCAUCAUAUGUCUGUGAAGAAAGCAGACUGCAGGAAAGUCUAUUAACCUUCGGCUUGACGAUAAAGUCAAGAAAUAAGCUAAGCAUUAAACUAGAGAUGACUCAACUGCUGUGAGGAACAACUAAAAUAGCCAAAUUUAGUUGGUAUUCAAAAAUCGAUGUCCCCCCAUGCCAUAUGAAAUGAUUAGAGCACAAAUAUUUAUCCUGGUUGAUUACGACCAUAAUGAAGAGUAGAAACAGCCUCUACAGAUAAGCAAAUGGUAGUACGUAAAAAAAGCGGAAGUAGUGCAGCAUGCUCGAGGUUAUUCCACCGGAAGAAAUACGAAUGUAUUCAAUCUUCGUAUAUUUUAUAUUAUACGUUUCACUACUGGUCAAAAUUUUAUAUGGAUAUCUUAUUUUUGUUUAUUUAUGUGUAUCAUAUCAUGAAUUAUGACAACUUGGGUAAUGAGUCUUCAUCCAACAUAAGAUGUUGAUGUUUCUUAGUGUUAAUCACAAAACCUAAAAUCGAAGAAUUAAUCGGUAUACUCUACCUUCAAACGCAAGCCAAAAUACUAUUGAACUUAGUCACCUGUUGCUGAUCUUAGCUGUUAUCGGCUUCGUCUAAAGGAAUUUGAAAGGGAUACAGUUAUAGUAUCUUCCUAAAUACAGUUUGUACGUCUAAGGUUAUUGCAAAAAUCUAGCCACAGUGUUAGUACAAACAUGUUAACGCCUACAUUGUUUGUGUAAAAACAGCAAGUAUGAAGUAAAAGAAAUUUUCACUGCUUACAUUCCAAUUGUCCUUAAACAGAUUUCGCUACUAAUAUCAUUUUCUGUUUCUUCAAGCUAUUAAACAUGCCGACUCGAGUAUAUUGUCUCAUCCUUUUGUGAAACACAUUUUAAUUUGUUUACUAUCACUGACACUACUAAUUUACAAGUUCUACAUGUGAAUGUUUUGAAAGCACUAAUUCUUACUUCACAUUCAAACUAUAAUUUCCUACUAAAGCAGAUAGUUCUAUGUAAAUAGAAAGGCUUAUGUUGUUACUUAUCGCAGACUAGUCGCUGAUUAAAUUAGAAAUUGAAAAGUUUGCUACUAGUGAUUAUUGUAAAGUCUAUUUCAAUUUUAAAGUAACGAAAAUUCUUGCAUUACUCAGGCAAUAUACCUCAUUCAAACAAUGGGAAAACCUAGACCCAAAACCAAGAACUUGCACCCGAUGCUUCAAGAUUUUUUGGACAGAUGUCUAGUCGUAGAUCCUGUAAGACGAGCUUCUGCAAAGGAACUGCUUAACCACGAUUUUUUUAAGCAUGCGGGAGCUUGUCUUCUCUUGGACCGCUUAUUCGUGCAGCACGAGAGAGUCUUGGAAAAAAGGAAUAAGAACGCAAAAACUUGACAUCUAGCAUCAAUCAUGACGGAGCUAAAAACCAUCGAGUAAACCGGACAAUUAUUAUCAUAAAUAUUUCUGUCCGCCUGUUUAGUUUCACAAAGAUUUCUAACAGGAAUAUCAUUUUUAUUGUUACUCAGUUUUUGAAAGUUCGAAUCCAUCACACAUCUAUAUUUUGUAUGCUUUGACUCACACUUUACCUACAAGCCUAAUUCAGUUUUUAACCUAGAUUAACCUGUAAUUGCUAAAUCCUGGCUGCUGUCUUUUUUAUUAUUUCAAUCAAGUCUUUCUGCUGCUUUGCGAAUGAAUCGUGAAGUAGUUCAUCCCGAUUUUUUGAAUGAUCAUUAAUAUGUAAUCUUGAUUUCUUCCUGUAAUAGUCUACUACGCUUAGAAAAAUAAAAGUACUAACAACUUUUUUUACAAAAGCAAUAAACCAUUUUUGACUAUUUUU